AUGGCGCGCAUUUUGUCUUUAUUCAGCCUUUUGGCUUGUAUUUGUGCGGUACAGGCCGCGCUGCACCAUCUUUUCGCUUCGUCAAAGUAUCGCAAUACGAUCGCGACGCUCGAGUUUGAUGAUGAGACGGAGACAUUGUCAUUGGCUAAGCAGAGCAGCACGUUGACGCAGCAUUCGUCGAUUGCAGUCGACCAUUCGAGGAAAUUCGUGCACGCGGCUUUCGAUUACAACAGCUCGGUUCUCAUCUACAACAUUGGCGACGACUACUCGCUGAACCUGAACUUGAGCGCGGGCUAUGCCCUCCAAGCAAGCGCCUGCGAUCCCCUGCAACAGCCUCUGAAAGUUCGCGUCCUCUCCAGCCCGUACCCUCCCUACUACGUCUACUCCAGCGUCCACUCCGACUCCCGCUACUGUUCAAUCGUAAACUGGGCACUGCCAGACGGCACACACGCGGAUACCUGGCGCUCCGUUGAAUCGGACUCUUGGCGUCUCGAUAAAUUAAUCAUUCGUUCAGACAAUCUCACGCUCUACGGUCUCAACAUCGGCUCACAAGCCAUGAUCACGUGGCGGAUCUUCGACGGUCCGGACGGUAUGAUAAACUAUAACUUCAGGGAAUCGUAUUUCAUGGAUAGGGACGGAGUGAAUGUCGUUGAUAUGGUAGUGGGGCCGAAACAGUUUGUAGCUAUUAGAGAGGGGAGUAAUGAGGUGCUGACGAUUGGCAUGUCCGAGGAAGGGUUUGCGCCGGGGCAUAAUACUCAUUCGGUGGAUGAGAUUGAGUUUAGUAGCAGGCAGACUAUUGUGCCUGCCACGAAUGAUACGACGCCGAGGUACAAAACAACCUCUCUAGAAGCGAGUGUGAACCGCAAAUACAUAUGGGCUGCCUCACCUGCCCUUACCACUGCCGAAGGCUAUGAAGCUGGGUUCAUAACCGUGUAUGGCGUCAACGCGACUACAGGGGAACUAGGCACGAGAUUGUUCCAAGAGCGCCUGGAUUCGGAGCGCGGGUAUAGUCGGGAGGAUCCUACCGCUACCAUUGUGGCGGCGCCUUUUGCGGACGAGUAUGUUGCUGUCAGCUCGUUUCCCGCGGGGCAGAUUGAGAUUUGGAAGGUUGAAGGGGACGGGGCGUGGUUGAAGUAUGUGACGAAAUGGGAGGGGGGAGCGGAGUGCUGCAGUACGAUUAUGUGGGUUGAUUGA